AUGUCGCCGAAUAGCGGACUCGUGAAUUCGUCUCACGGAAACAGGGAACAAUGCCCACCGCUCGUUUUAUGCAUAUCAACUGUGGACUCUGAGGCUAUCCCGGGCGGGGAUGGCCCACAUGUUGCAUAUGCAAAAAAAGAAAUCAUAUACAAUGACCACUCUCAGUUCCUAAUGAGUCGUCCCCAGUGCGAUUCAAUUGCCAACUGCCGCUUUUCAUUCGGUCCCGUUCUGUACAUACAAUCUGUUGCCACGACCUGGCAAUUGGGCUUUGAGGUGCUGGGAUGGCCGCCUUCUCGAUGA